UUUCAGGAUACCAUUUGAGCCUUGGGAAUGCUUUGCAGGCAUGACCUAGGUCUACAUGGUUGAAUAGUUUCCUUCUCAGGUUGUAUCAAUUUAAUGUUCAAAUGAUAUGGAUGAGAAAUUCCUUGAUAUCAACUUGGCCUCAGCAGAAGAGCUUGCAACUCUCAAAGGAGUAGGCUUACUACGAGCCAAAGCCAUUGUUGAAACAAGGACUUGUCUUGGUGGGUUUACAUCUGUGGAUGACUUGAAUCUGGUGGCUGGUGUUGGUGGGAAUGUGAUUCAACAAAAUAGGCAUGCAUUGGUAUGCAGUGUCCCUGGCCCAUCAUCUGAUGCUCAACCACCCUUCGUAGGAUCCUCCAGGAAACGAGAUGGAAGAAAGCCCCAAGGUGAAAAGAAGGGGAGUACUCCAGUUCCUAACAGGAGAAAGGGAGAACAUGGGAGUUCCUCCAAGUCUUCCACACCACCACAAGAACGUCGCUCAUCCCGGGCCUCAUCCAGAUCAUCCAAGAAGGCUGGUCAAGAUGAGGAUGAUGAUGUUGGCAGUCCUAUAAUGUCUUCCUUGGAGACCCCUGCUGACAGCAAGAUCUGCAUCUGGGAUGCAAAUAAUGAAAGAAUCGACAAUGUGAUGGGUAUGCAGGAUUCAGAGUAUGCGGAUAACUGUGAUAGCUUGAGUCUGCUGUGUGAUGCAGCAGAUCAGUGCUCCAGGGAUUUGUCUGCUCCUGGUUCUGACUCCCAUCGGACAAUGAGUGGCUCUGAAGAUGCAUCUGAUGCUUGGUCUGAUGACAUUGAAGACACUCCUAGUGCUGAAGAAAUAUCUGGCAAGAUGAGGAAAUUGAACUCUGGCGAGAAGUUGUUUGAGUUGAGUCACUUCUGGCUUAUACCUUGGAUCAUUGCUGUCAUUUCCUCAUGCAUUACUUACAUUAUAAUUAAUAGGGAUGGAGGGGACUCAGUGGCUGAGAAAUCUUCAGAGGAUCACAAAGAGCCUGUGAUCAAGCAGCUAUCUCCUGAUAUCAAAGUUCCAGAUGGUCUUGAUGCAUGGCUUGCUACUUUCAAGAAGUGGACUCACAGUGAGCGGAUAGCAGCUGUGGAUGAUCUCAUUGAUAUUUGUGAAUUACCUCAGGUUCGGCAUAUGAUGGAAAUCAUUGAGCCGCAAUUCCAGCGUGACUUCAUAUCUCUCCUUCCAAAAGAGCUUUCCUUGUAUGUGCUAUCCUUCUUGGAGCCCAAAGACCUUCUGGUAGCAGCUCAGGUUUGCAAGUCAUGGCAAACGUUAACAGAAGAUAACCUCCUCUGGAGGGAAAAAUGCCAAGAAGCUGGAAUUGAAUACUCACGGGAUUUCCCUGGUGGGCGACGAAAGACUGCUUCGUCAGCUUCAUCUCACUGGAAGGUGGCUUUCAUGCGACAGCACAACAUUGAAUUGAACUGGCGCUCCAGGCCAAUCCGACCUCCCAAAGUGCUCAAAGGCCAUGAUGACCACGUGAUAACUUGUCUUCAAUUUUCCGGCAACCGUAUCGUCAGCGGGUCUGACGACAACACCUUGAAAGUCUGGUCUGCAGUAACAGGAAAGUGCCUCAGAACAUUGGUGGGGCACACAGGUGGGGUCUGGUCAUCUCAAAUGGCCAACAAUAUCAUUGUUAGUGGCAGCACAGAUCGAACUUUGAAAGUUUGGAAUGCUGACACUGGCCAAUGCAUUCACACUUUGUAUGGGCAUACUUCCACUGUGCGAUGCAUGAGCCUUAAUGGAAACAAGGUGGUGAGUGGCUCUCGUGAUGCUACUCUGCGAAUGUGGGACAUCUCCUCAGGACAUUGCCUACACGUACUUGUGGGUCAUGUGGCAGCUGUGCGUUGUGUCCAAUACAACGGGAAGCUAGUUGUUAGUGGUGCCUAUGACUACAUGGUCAAAGUGUGGAACCCAGAAAGAGAGGAGUGUAUCCACACACUCCAAGGUCACACAAAUCGGGUUUACUCUCUUCAGUUUGAUGGAAUCCAUGUGGUGAGUGGCUCCCUUGACACAAGCAUUCGAGUCUGGGAUGUGGAAUCAGGCCAGUGCCGUCACACAUUGGUUGGUCAUCAAAGCCUAACAUCUGGCAUGGAAUUGAAAAACAAUACCUUAGUGUCAGGGAAUGCUGAUUCCACUGUCAAAGUGUGGGACAUCAUUACAGGCAACUGCCUCCAAACUCUUUCGGGUCCACAUAAGCACCAGUCAGCUGUGACAUGCCUACAGUUCAACAAGAACUUUGUGAUCACAUCAUCAGAUGAUGGGACUGUGAAACUUUGGGAUGUAAGGACAGGAGAAUUCAUUCGUGACCUCGUGGCACUUGAGUCUGGUGGAUCCGGCGGUGUCGUUUGGAGAAUCAAAGCAUCCAAUGUCAAACUUGUUUGUGCAGUGGGCAGCCGCAAUGGUACUGAAGAAACAAAGCUCUUUGUGCUUGAUUUUGAUGCCGAAGUGAAGUGACAAAGUGGCUGAGCCAGGAACCAUUAGGUGAGCUUUAACUUAAUUGUCUCCCUUGGGUCAUUUCUAAUUAUGACUCCGAGCAAAGUCCUUGAUGGCACUGUGCCAGCAGCUCUCAUGGCCCAAGAGGCAGACUUUUAUUAUCAUCUGGAUAUGUUGCUCGUUUCUUGCUCUCCUCAUUUUGCUUUCAUUGGGUUCAUUGGAUGAUCUAAUUUGUCAUACAGGGUCCCCAUUCUGUCGUGUAUUUACCUGUGCCAAAGUCCACAGAAGUUUUUUUCCUCCACCUUUGCCCCCUUAGCUUCUUUAUCCAGUGUUUUAAUUUUAAGAUUUCAUAUGCCUAUAACUUCCAAAAAUUGUUGGCAAUUUCAUUCAUGUGCUCCAUCCAAAUGAGUAUGAAUUAUCAAAACCUCUGCAAUGGAAAAUUGUCAUUCAUGUCUGUGGAGCACCCUAGUGACAGGGGCCAUUUCACCUGGAUAAUGAGUAAAGAAUAAUUUCCCAGGGAUGUAUAAGUACUCUUCAGAAUUUCAAUGUUCAACUUGAUAUCAGGAGAUGGAAGAUUUAUUGUUAACAACAAAAGAAAUUAAAUGAAAAAUUUAUGAAAUGAAAAAUGAAAAAAAAUUUAAGUUCACGCUAAUAGGAUAGAAGGAUAGAUAGCAGAUAUUUUAACUUCACUCGUAAGUUUGCAGUAUUUUUAACUAUUUUUAUUGUACAUGUGCCAGACCUUUACUUGCUUUGUUUUGAAUCAAAGUGAGUAAAGGUAUGGCAUAUUUUACUUAACUCACUUUGAAUAAAAAAUCAAAGCAAAUGAGGGUCUGGUAUAUUUACCAAAAUGGCAACCAGCAGGAAUUGCUGGUCAUUGGAUAUCAUUAGCAUAAAUCUGAAAAUUUUUGCCAAGCAUGAGGAGGAUAUUCCUAGUUACUUGAAUUGGGAGACAGUCCAGACCACUGUCAACCUUGACAGACAAGGUAUUGCUGCGUUUUUGCUCUUCCAAAUUCAACCAUUCAGGUCUUGAACUUUGAUGUGACCAAAGAACAUGUACACAAAGGCCACUGGAUGGCAUAUCAGCAAACAGUUAAAAGGUCAAAGUUUGAUGAGUUAUUCCCAGGUCAGAAAGGACAGAUGGGGCCCCAAGAGAGGUGACAUUUGAAUGAAAGUAACCCAUAUACAACCUGCUUCCAUGGUUAUGUUUAAAUUUAGCCUUUCAUCACUUGGUCAAACCACUCCUAUGAAACUUGGGUUGCUCCUUCCUCCAAAAGCAACAUUACAUACUCAUUUGUGAAAAAUUAAAGAAACUGUAUAAUACUGCAGAGCAUAUUGGCAAUCUUCAAGAUCAUUUUGCAUGCCCUGGGUAAUCAUUCUUAUACUUGUUGGGUGCAUUCAUUGGUGACUCAGGGACUUGACACAGACAAAGAAUGCAUUCUAUCAAGAAGAAAACUUGACCUGAGUCAUGCGAUUUGACCCAAUCUCAGAGAUCAAAUCAAUCAUGCUGAGUUGAAUCAAACAUUCAAACAAGCCACACCCAAGGUAAUGAGUUGCUCAAUUAGACUGUGUCACAACUGAAUGCACCUGUUGAGGUGAGGCAACUAUAACAUUCCAGGAUGUUAACCCCUGCUCCCCAAAAGAACAAUAUAAUUUAAUGGGUUCGCAUCACCGGUAGCAUUUCUGCUUUUGAAAAUAAUUAUUAGUGGAAUAAUUUUUAACCAUACCUCACAGGAAGCAAGUUUUCCUCUGUUUGAUAUGUGGUUACUUUCCAUGGGAUCUUUUCUUCCAGAUGUGCUCUUUGUGAUAUUUUUGAAAUCUUGAUCAUCUCUCAUAAAUUGUUCUGAGUGGAGUCUCAUCUCCUCCCCAUGACCUCUUUCAGUGUUAUGUUCUCAAGCACAUGUGACCAAGCACAUUCAUAUUUGGGAUGAUGAUUCUCAGUACCUUGCAUCAUAUGAUAAUGGGAUGUGGGGACUGCUGGAAAUAUUUCAUCAGAGUCCUUGGAUGUGGUGGAGUUACUAUAAUUCUGGAAUGUCUCCUUGGUAAAAGUGCAACACUUGAAACAAUACAACAGAUUGUUGUGAAUUUUUCCUGUUUCAGAUGACAGUUUCUCUUAUGUAAUGGGGCUCACUUCCAUCUUUUGUGAAUUGAAUGACCAUCUUUCUCACAUGUAUGUUCUGUCGAUCCCCUUUGUUUCUUGUGGUCCCUGUAUGUUAGCUCCUUUCACUCCUUGCCUCUGUCAUGUCUCCUUUGUAUGGUACCCUCGAGGCCACUAAUCACAGAGACAAUGAUAUUCACAAAACUUCUCGUAGGUUGAACAGUUCCAGAUGACACUGUUUUAGUUCUGAUGUGUCUAACCUUUUCCUCAUCGCUGGGUACAUAAUCAGCAGUUUUCAGUCCACAAUUGGAUUGUUUAGGACUAAGACCUCUCAUCUCAGCCACAAGACUGUCAUGUUUUCUUAAUGUGCAAGUCUGGUGAUUGAUGGUCUCGAGAAUUCUUUUCUACAAAGGCAUGGCCACUGGGUACUCAAGAAAUGUGAUUUCUUUUCCCCAUACUUUGCUUUAGCAAUAAAAAAAAAACUCAUUGGC